GACGUGUGUGUAUGCAUGGCAAAGUGUGUUUCCGGUAUAACGUGUGUGUUGAUCGGUGUUCAGCCUUUUUCUCUUGGCUUUCAGUAGAACAGUCACUCACUUCAAGAGUCCCAGCUCCCUCACCUGGUCACCCCUCAACGGCGUUAUAUCUCUAACCGGUGGACAUGGCAUCUGUUUCGGCACCAAGUCAGACAGCCCCUUCUCCGGCUGCUGCUCUGCAAAGAGGAAUUGUGAAAAUGGUCUUGUCAGGCUGUGCCAUCAUUGUUCGGGGCCAGCCUCGAGGCGGCCCACCCCCAGAGCGUCAGAUCAAUCUCAGUAAUAUCCGAGCUGGGGCCAUGGCCCGCCGAGCCGCUCAGGCCCAGCCCGACACCAAGGACACCCCCGAUGAGCCAUGGGCCUUUCAAGCCAGAGAGUUCCUGCGGAAGAAGCUAAUCGGCAAAGAAGUGUGCUUCACUGUGGAAAUCAAGACCGCUUUGGGCAGGGAGUACGGCAUGGUCUACUUGGGGAGAGACACAACAGGCGAGAACAUUGCUGAGUCUUUGGUGAACGAGGGCCUUGCCACAGUCCGCAGGGAAGGAAUCAGAGGCAACAAUCCAGAUCAGGCCAGGCUCUGUGAAUUGGAGGACCAGUCUAAGGCUUCGAAGAAGGGAAUGUGGAGUGAGGGUGGCGGCACACACACCAUCCGCGACAUGAAGUACACCAUAGAGAACCCCCGGAACUUUGUCGACUCCUUGCACCAGAAACCUAUCAACGCCAUCAUCGAGCAUGUGCGUGACGGCAGUGUUGUUCGUGCCUUGCUGCUCCCAGACCACUACCUGGUCACUGUCAUGCUGUCUGGAGUUAAGUGUCCCACGUUCAAGCGGGAAGCGGAUGGCACAGAGACACCAGAGCCAUUCGCAGCAGAGGCCAAAUUCUUCACUGAAUCCCGUCUUCUGCAGAGAGAUGUUCAGAUCAUCCUGGAAAGCUGUCCCAACCAGAUCAUACUGGGCACCAUCCUCCACCCGAAUGGCAACAUAACAGAACUCCUGCUGAAGGAAGGCUUUGCUCGCUGCGUGGACUGGUCCAUGGCUGUCUACACCCAGGGAGCAGAGAAACUCAGAGCUGCUGAACGAUCUGCUAAAGAGCGUAAGGUCCGCAUCUGGAAGGACUACGUGGCACCCACAGCCAACUUGGACCAGAAGGACAGGCAAUUUGUAGCGAAGGUAAGAGAAGUGCUCUCAUGUACUGGUGCAUGGGAGCGUUUGAAGGUCUUGUUAAACAGUGGGAGAACAGUACACCUUAACAAUGUCCAUCCUCCCUCUGUCUCUACCCAGGAGAAGAACAAGGACAAAGACAAACGUUUCCGUCCGCUCUACGACAUCCCCUACAUGUUCGAGGCCCGUGAGUUCCUGAGGAAGAAGCUCAUUGGUAAAAAGGUCAAUGUGACAGUUGACUACAUCAGAGCAGCUACCGGUCCAGGAGAAGGCACCCCAGCCUUCGCAGAACGCACCUGUGCUACAGUCACAAUUGGCGGCAUUAACAUAGCAGAGGCUCUGGUUAGUAAAGGCCUGGCCACAGUCAUCAGAUACAGACAGGAUGACGAUCAGCGCUCCUCCCACUACGACGAGCUGCUUGCCGCAGAGGCACGGGCCAUCAAGAACGGGAAAGGGCUGCACAGCAAGAAGGAGGUUCCCAUCCACAGAGUGGCUGAUAUCUCUGGGGAGACACAGAAAGCCAAGCAGUUUUUGCCCUUCCUGCAAAGGGCUGGCCGGUCAGAAGCUGUGGUAGAAUACGUCUUCAGUGGCUCCCGCCUCAAGCUGUACAUGCCCAAAGAAACCUGCCUCAUCACAUUCCUCCUUGCCGGUAUCGAAUGUCCUCGCAGUUCCAGGAAUAUGCCUGGAGGGAUGCAGGUGGCUGAACCCUUCAGUGACGAAGCCAUGCUGUUCACCAAAGAGCUGGUUCUGCAAAGGGAGGUGGAAGUUGAAGUGGAGAGCAUGGACAAAGCAGGGAACUUCAUUGGCUGGCUGCACAUUGAGGGUUUGAAUCUGUCAGUGGCGUUGGUAGAAAAUGCUCUGUCUAAGGUCCACUUUACAGCAGAGCGCAGCGCCUACUACAAAACCUUGGUCUCAGCAGAGGAGGCAUGCCGACUGAGGAAAGAGAAGGAGCCAUGA